AUGUCGGGAGAUUCGAAUAUCGGCGCAUGGAUACAAUUUGCAAGGCUUACUGUGGCUGCGGGUGAAAUGGCCCCAUUUCCGUACAUCAAGGGUGUUGCAGGGUGUAUAGCGACGAUUCUUGAGGUCAUUGAGGUACGUACUGUUAACCGCUGCUGUAUGAUAUUGAGCGGGGGUCUAGUUAGCUGGCAAGAACAACGAGGACCUUCAGGACUUGGCAGAGAGCAUUGGAACGACAAUACGAAUCAUCAAGGAAACCUGUUGAAGCGCAUGGUGAUACGAGUGCGACUCGUUUUCGCUGGUGUAUGCGUGGAGCUUCAGGCAUACCUAGAGUGUUUGAUUGCUGAACUAAACACUACUCGACACAAUUUGAAGUCCAAAAGCAUUAUGCGAUUCCUGAAAACGAAGAAGAUUUCCAGUGUUAUCGAUGGAUACAAGCAGCGAGUGAACAACAUCAAGGCGGAUUACCUUGUUCUAGUUACUACCGACUCAAGGCUUGCGAUGUCCGAGAUGCAGAAUGCAGUCACUCAAGCCACGGAGACAGCACAGUCAUGCAUCACCUCGACUGUUAAGUCUCAGGGUCACUAUAUCCGAGGCGAGAUACGGUCCUUGGGUGAUAUCCAAAGGGAACAUGCGGCCCAGAUUUGCGAGAAGCUUCAGGAUCUGAAAGGAUAUUAUAAAGGACAGGUUCGAGAACUUUUCCCAGGGGACAUCUACAUAGGAAAGCUCGUGUCUCCUUGGUGUGACUCUUCCCUUGGAUACGAAGACAGAUACGGCACAGUCGAGAACAGCAGCACAGCAAAAAUUAUUCGCGUAUACCAACAUUCUCCUGGUAACGAAGAAGCUAUACUGAAACGAUUCGAUAAUGAUGCAGACACGUUGAUUAGAACAAAGCACCCGAACAUCGCCCAAGUCUUCGGUAUCUGCAGAUCACCAAACUUUCCAGCAAUCGUAUUUCACGGUAUCACCCAGAUCCCUUUCCGUGAUUAUGAACGUAACUUGACUGCAAAGCAAUUUGUACCAUUCUAUAUCCAACUGUUCUACGAGUUAGAGUCGGUCUCAGAGUAUUUGUCCACGCACUACACGUUUCUCACUCCAGGAUUCUGGGCAGGUCGAGGUCAUAUCCAUCUUAACGAACACGGGCAAGUUGUUGUGGUGGCUAUGGUAUCUGAAUGGUACUUCACUGGGGGUUUUGUGAUGCGUAUCUUUGAUAAACCAGGGAACCGGGUCCGUCUUCGGCGCCUGUCGACUGAACCGCUUCCCAGCCAUGUCAACAGAUGGUCCUUGUCACUGACAUUGCGAAAGGAUAAUUUAUGCAAUGUGUAUGAUGCUAUCAAACGCAUCAUUUUGUCUAAACCUUUUCAGUCUUUCCAUCCACAAAAUCAACCUUACGCGCCGGGUAGUGUACUGACCUCACGCGGGGAGACUUUGGUGGGCCGAGUUCAGACUAGAUUGGACGAAUGGAACGUGCACUGGACAACAUCAGCCAACGAUCACACUAUACUAUUGUUGCCCUCGACAAACAAUGGUUCAAUAACGGUCCCUUUACCGUACGCUGGGACUCUGCCCUUCGAUGCUUCGAUCUGUUCGCGGUCAUUCAACGGGGCUUUGAAUUCGUGGAUUGCGCAGGCUUCCCAGCUACAAUCUUGUGUCUGUUCCAGGGGUCCUGUUGACGAUGACGAGCUACUUCUAAUAGAUACAAUGUUUACCCUUUGUGUCGGCCUGGAAGAGAGGUACGACCCUUUUCGUCUCUACAAUACAUUCAUGGCCGAAGAUCAUCAUACACUCUCGUUGUCAAUAAGCGCUCCCUCCGUUGAUUAUCAGACGAACAAGGUGUCCUGGCCUGUCUUCGCGUGGUUCUAUGACGCGGGCUCAGAGAUGUCUUUGGUUGAAGUAGAAGAAGUUUUCGGCGUGAAGGUUUUUAAAGAGAAAACCUCGUGGACGCCGCCUGUGUCUAAAACGGUGCUUACAACCAUACCCGAGUUGAAUGCCAACUAUGGAUUUGACCCAGCCCGUGGCGGCGCGGACGUCUGCAAGUAUUUUGGGUGGCCGUUCGUGGAGAUCCUCGACGUGUCCACAGGAGAUUGGAUGCCUUUACAUGGUACCGUACCCGAAUCGACAUCAGUCAUAUCGGACGACGGGUAUCGUACCUUGAGCGAAAAGACCGCCUCUUCGCCGAGUAAUGCACUAGAGGAAGGACAUGUUGGCGAAGCAUCGGCCGAGACGGAGGUCGCUCCUGCUUUGCAAACCAGAAGCUUGAAAUCGGGCCGUGGCUCAUGGGUGUUCAUAGUAAUGUUCAUUAUUAUCAGUAUUAUCCUGCUGUCCUUCGUCGUUCAGACCUAUAUGUAA